CCCCUUUACUCCGCGUGCUGCUGACAGUGAGCUCAGUGUGAGAGAGGAGCCUCGCGACCACCUGCUAAACUCUCCAACGGUUAUCAGUUGACGGUGACGGGCUAACGUCUAGUAGCAGCUAACCAACUAACGAACGGAACACUUCAGUAUCCAGUGGAGAUAACGACUGACGACGUGUGUGUUCAGGUUGACAGUAAAGCAGUUCUAUAAUGGAGGAGCUUCACGACGUCCAGCUGACUGAGAUCAAACCUCUCCUGACAGGACAGAAUGGGAGAAAUCUGCAGGACUUUGACUGUCAGGAGCACGAUGUGGAGACAGCCCACGGUGUGCUGCACGUUACCAUGAGGGGAGUUGCUAAGGGCAACCGACCCACAAUCCUCACCUACCAUGACAUCGGACUCAACCAUAAGUCUUGUUUCAACAGCCUGUUUAACUACGAGGACAUGCAGGAAGUCACACAGCACUUCUCCGUUCUGCAUGUUGAUGCGCCAGGACAGCAGGAGAACGCUCCUGUGUUCCCCACCGGGUACCAGUACCCCACCAUGGAUGAGCUGGCGGAGAUGCUGCCAUCUGUCCUGACACAGCUUCAGGUGAAGUGUGUGAUUGGCAUCGGUGUGGGAGCUGGAGCCUACAUCCUCACCAAACUGGCUCUGAAUGAGCCCACUCUGGUGGAGGGGUUGGUUCUGAUCAACGUGGACCCGUGUGCAAAGGGCUGGGUGGACUGGGCUGCCGCUAAGCUGAGCGGCUGGACGAGCAACGUGGUGGACGACAUCAUGGGACAUCACUUCAGCGCUGAUGAGUUAUCAGACAACAUGGAGAUCGUCCAGACGUACAGACUCCACAUCUCUCAGGAUAUACCGCUGGAGAACCUGUCCAUGUUCUACAACAGCUACGACAGCCGUACUGAGUUGCCGCUGGAGCGGCCGCUCGUUGGUCUGAAUGAAGACACAGUCACCACGCUCAGGUGUAUCUCUCUGCUGGUGGUUGGAGACACGUCGCCUGCUGUUGAGGUCGUGGUGGAGUGUAACUCGAGACUGAACCCCACCAAGACGACCCUGCUCAAGAUGGCAGACUGCGGAGGACUUCCUCAGGUGGUGCAGCCUGGAAAACUAGCAGAAGCCUUCAAGUAUUUUGUCCAGGGGAUGGGCUACAUCCCUCAUGUUGUAUUAAACCGCCUGAGCAGCCAAUCAGUGCCGACAGCCGGCAUGACCCGGCUGGUGCGCUCCAGAACUCACUCGGCCUCCAGCGUGGGCUCGGCCGAGGGCGCCCGCAGCCGCAGUACCACCACCACGCUGCCAGAGGGCGCCACCAUCCCCGGACACAUGGCAGAACAGACCAUCGAGAUGACUGCGUAGGACUCUCCCUGCUCUGUUCUCUCUCUGCUCUGUUCUCUCUCUCUUGCUCCUGAUGCUGCGUGCGCCUGAAACUUUCCUUCUGUGUCGGACGCAGCCAAACAUUUCUAACGUUGUAGUCGUUCUUCCUAAUAAUGAAAAGGUCACAUCUAAUAUAAAAGUAGGUUUUAAAAAAACCCGUUGCUCUUUAGGAUGUCGGGUAACUUCCUGCCCCCUGGAGCCAUGCUGUUGCCGUGGUGACGCUGUAGAUGUAACUGUACAUGGAGCUGGUUCAUAUUUACAGUUGUGUUGUGUUUUCAGUAGAUUAACCAGACCUUCAUUUUUCUUCCCUUAGUUUGGGCCUGAUCCCUCCUUCUUUUUAUUAUUACUCUUAUUAUAAUCGUUAUUACUUUGUUACGACUCUUGUUGUUGGUGUUGUUUGCUAUGAAGCUCGUUUCUGAAACUCUUUUCCUAAAAUUACGGUUACUUAAAGGGACUAUUUCACCAAAAAUAAUAAUACGAAAUAACCUAACUACUGCCCUGGAAUGCCAGACAAAAGAUCUAUUUUGUAUGACUUUAUAUAGGAGUUGUAUUGAUAUGAUGACAGCAAAAUCAUAUUAAAAUAUCUAAAAUAAAAUCAUAUAUGAAGCUACUACACCGCAUUGGGGCCAUUGUAGGUUAAAAAACAUUUUAAAAGGGAAGGGGGGUUUUAAGAUACACAUUUACUAGAAAGUAUGAGAAUAAAAAGGUCACAUUUACAAGAAAAAACUGAAAAUAUAUUGGAUACAAAAAUAUUUUCUGUCACCAAGUUUGCAGAUGAUCAGUUUUGAAAACGCUCUAUAAUUCUUAAAACAGCCCAAAUAUCUCUCAAUCAGCUGGUCGUUAUUUUAUCAGCAUGAAGACGUGUUUUUCUACUGAUAAAACCUAAAGAAAAGGGCAACGUUUAUUUCUGUGAACGGGCAGAUGUGUGUCUGUUAUUCCAGGCUUCAGAGGGUUAAUAGAUUCUGAAGCGCACCAUUUAAAAAAGAUGAUCUUAACUUUAUCAGGAGGGGAUCCUGAAGUCUUCCUCUUACUCUACUCAGUGUUCAUUCGGCCGUCAGCAGCAUGCUCGUGGUGGAGUUGUGGCAUGAAGUCUGUACCGUGCUCUCACAGUGGGUCUCUGAGAUGCUCAGCUGUGAACCUGCCUCUCAACUCAAGAAACCUCCACGUAAAAAAACAAUAGAGACGCUUGAACUUGAAUUGUUUUCUACGUUGUGUUGCCGUUGUGUUUCUCUGGACUGAAAGCAUUCAGCAGGGUUGUUGAUAAUUGAAUGUUACAGGUACUUGUUGGGCUUAAAGGUAGGGUAGGUAAGAAUGGAGAAACCAGCUCGAGUGCGCUAGAAUUUGAAAGUACGCAGCCGAAAAAAAUCUGCCCCUUCCUUCAGACUUCCUUACAGAGCCCCUCCUCCAACACACAUGAACGCGCACAUGGCCAAUGAGGGCACGAGAUAAGUGUGUUUCUGAAGUGAAUUACCUACCCUACCUUUUAAGUGACAUUGAUUUGAUAACUUGCACUUUAAAGGUUACUGUUGGAGACAUGUUGCUCGUCCUGCUGAUGUUGGUUUCUGUAGAGACACGUUAUGAUGCUGAACUUUUCCGUACUGAUAACAUUUAAACAGUUCUCUGGUGAGAUGCUGCCCCCUGCUGGAGGACUGAAUAGCAGCUCCUAGAACAACAAAUACAUCCUGGUAUUUUGACUCGUAUUUGAAUUAUGUAACACUUCUGUAAAUCAAAAACAUUCAGAUCUUAGAGGGGGUUUCUGAACUAACAGGGUCGACCCGCAGACUCACACAAAGUCAAAUAUUAACUCAUUUUAUUCUAUAUUUACACUAAUUGUAUUCCUGCCGUCUGUUACUAAUAUUUAUUACUGAAACUAUUACUUUUGAGAUUUGUACUGAAGCAUUGGUAGCUGUUACUCUUGAGGUGUGUUGUUCCAUGACUUUUAUUGUAAACACAGUUUGUAAUGAAAUAAAGCUCGUUAAUAUCCAAAA